AUGGACGUCGAAACCUUCAAAAAACAACAGACCGAACAAAUUACCACGUUACUUUCGGGCUUUUCGGAAUUGCAGCUCGGUUUCGACUUGGAUGAUGCUGUUUUAGAUGAUUGUAUAGACGCAUUCAGUGAGGUGGGCAUGACAGCCGAACAGAAGCAGUCUUUAUUGGAUAAACUAGAUUCUCAGAUGCAAACUCGUAAUAAAAUAUUCGAAGAACAAGCAGCACAAAUACUUUUAAACUUUCGUCUCGAAUGUGAAAAAGACUUGGAAAAUUUGCCCCCCGAAAUACGAAGCAUGUCCGUAGACGAGUACGUAAAUGUUUAUCACGCGGAUCCUACCGAAUAUUUCACUAGGCGUGCUACCGCACAAGAGGAAAAAGAGGAGGACAAGAAAGAGGGCGCAAUUCUAGGAGGUAUUGAUGAGGCGAAAAAUGAUAUUGAGCAACAAGCAAUGGAAAUAGUAAUCUCACAAGAUGUUACAACUAAAGAAGACGUGCAUAUCGAUGAAAACGACGUUACAACUAAAGAAGUGCAUAUCGAUGAAAAUGGUGUUACAACUAACGAAGAAGCAUCAGCAAAUAAAUCAUUAAAUGAUAUAGAGAAUUUAUCGUUGAAAAGAACUCGUGCACUACGAGAAAAGCAAACCGAUACCGAAAACCAAGGACCUCGCGCCGCAAUGCAAGAAUCCGAUCACGAAGGAGAGAGUCUCAAAAAACGAUACACUCGUUCAAUGGAUUCUGCUGCCCGUAAGAAGCCAGCCGCAAAAAAAGCAAAUCAAUCCAAGUCGACGAAACCUUCCAAGCAUGAUCCUAUGCAGGAUGUUGUUGAGGUCUCUGAACCGAGUAAGAAUGACGUAAAGGAUGAUGAAUUAGAGAAACCAGUUACGCGUCAAAAAUCAAAGAAAAAUAAGGAAAAGGAAAACGUGGAUAUCUUUUCACCAAUUCGUACUCGAGCUGCACGACGAAAGAUUGAUGCGCCAAUUAAUUCUUAG